AUGAUGAAGGGCCUCCCAACUAGCCAUCCUUCUGUCACCUCACCGCCUGCCCUGGUGCCACGUGCCACUCUGUGCCUUCAUCGGGCUAAGAUCUGCCCCAGCUACCAAGCUUCGCAGGCCCCAGGGGCCCCUUUCGGAUCAGUGCGCAGGGGGCCUGUGCCCUGCGCCCUCGGCAGAGCGUCCCUGCCCCGCGCCUGGAGCGCCUGCCUUUCCGGACUCCGGCUGGUCGGCCUUCGGUGGCUGCCCGCACCGACCCCUUGCGGAGCCCCAGAGGCCGCUGCCGCCGCUCCUCGCGCGGCCCGGACCCAGCGGGCGCCGGGCUCGCGGCCGUCCAUGGGCAGCAGGGCCCCUUCGGCGCUGGAGCUACGCGAGCGUCGGGGCCCGGGGAGUCGGCCGGCCGGGGACAGGCCUCCGCUCGGCAGCCUGGCAGCGGCGCGGGCGCGGCCUUCGGGCCUGCCGGCGGAGGCCCCGCGGGAGCAGGCCGAGCACCUGCUGCGGGCCGGCCCCGCGCGCCCCCAACUCCGCACGCUGCCGCCCUGCCUGGCCGUCCGGGCCCCGGACCCCUGUGCGGUGAUGAACACGCACGCUCCGGCCCAGACGCACCACCUGCCCAGGCUGCUGGCCCAGGCGAGCACGCGGGGUGUGCGCCGCGAGGACGCGCGCCUGCCCCCGGGGCUGGCCUUGCCCGGGAGGCCCUGCGGCCAGGUGACUGGGGUGCUGGAGGGCGCCGGGGUGGCGCGCUUUGCUUGCGCCUCUCGUCCCGCCCGUCCACAUGCGCCGGCCACCGCCCUGCCCUCCAGUCCUGCGGACCUGACUAAAUUUGAGAAAGGAAGUGAGAAACUGACGGAAGAGCAAGUAGCCCAGCUGGCCAUCAACGUGGCCGUGGUUUGAGGGGAAAUCGACGAGCCGGCCCUGACGCGGGCGCAAGAGCACAGCCUCAUGUUGGCUCAAGCCGGGUCCCCGAGGGAUAUGGUUUAGCUGAGUGGGGUGCUCUGCACACCUUUGAUGACCGAUCUGUUUCCUCCCCUGAAGCCAGGCAAGUGCCAGAAAGUGUACCAGCAAGGGCUGGGAGAGGACUUGGCCGGUGAGUGGGAAUGCCCAGGCAGCCCUGCCCUCACCAUGGUCCUCAGGGGGGCCACACAGGGGCUGCGGGGUGCAGAGCAGGCUGCCUACCAUGGCAUUGAUGCCUAUUUCCAGUUAUGUCAGAACCCCAGACUGCUUCCAGGGGCUAGGGCGACCGAGAUGGCUUUAGGAAAAAGACUUUCAGAGGAAGGCACCAAACUGGAAGGGCCUAAUGGUCCUGCCUUCCUAGCAUUUGCACAGGCGCUACAGUCUCUUCCUGAAACCUUGGCAGAGAACACGGGCUUAGCUGUCUCCGAGGUGAUGGCAGAAAUGAAUGGCACUCACCAAGCUGGGCACUUCCUAAUAGGAGUGGGAGUCAAAGGGAUAAUAAACGUGGCCCAAGAAGUGGGGGACACCCUGCUAGCCAGAGCUCAGGGACUAGGAGCUGCAGCUGGUGUGGCCCUACAGCUCAUGACUGUAGAUGAGAUUGUGGUGGCCAAGAAAAAUCCCACACAUCAGCAGGACUUGAAUCCUGAUCCUAAGAAGGCAAAGGAACGCCCAUCUCCUGUGGAAAAGAGAGUUCUUAGAACAAACAAAUAG